CGAGUAACUAGGAAAUGAGGCGGUAACUAUGGGAAACCAAAACUGCAGGUGUUGAAUAAAGACGACUGUGCUGAACAAAUGGAAAGCACCAAGUGAAUUUAGUAAGGUCAAAAUAAUAAAAUAAUCCACUUCAUCGUCUUUAAAUUGAGUAGUGUAUUUUAGGUCCAUGGCUCUGCCCACUUUAUCGGCCUAUGCACCCAGUCGGUCCCGUGUGCUGGCCGGACAGCUGGCCCGGCAGCGGGAGCAGCAGGCCCGUUGGCGGCAGCAGUGGGAGCUCCAUGCCCAGUACUUCAGGGAGCAGAGUGUCCGCAGCCACAGACAGGCGGUGUGGAGCUCCCGUCAGUCCUACGACCAGAGUAUGAUGGCAUUCCAUAAUCAGAGACUGAAAGAUGAAAAGAAAGCUAGGCUAGAGGAGCGCAGGAACCGUCUGAGGACCAUGCUUCAAGAGGAGCAGGAUCGGCUGGAGGCGGAGCUCAGGGAAGUGUCUCCAGACAGGAGCACUUUGGCAAGUCAGCUGGUCCAAAAAACCGAAGAGCUUUGCACACUGAGAGAGCAGCGAAGAAAAAAGCUUGCAGAAGAGCAGCUGAAGGAGCACUGGAGGAAAAAUAACCCACAGUUGCGAGAGUUUGAGUCUGCGUUACAUAAAGAUCAUGUUGUCAGCCACUGGCAAGAGCAGAUGUCUGAGAAGAAAGAGCAAGAAGUGGCAGAACAGGAGGCGAAGAGACGCUUUGAAAAUGAGUAUGAGAGGACUCGAAAAGAGGCUCUGGAGAGGAUUAAACAAGCAGAGGAGCGAAAGAAAGCAGAGGAGUGCAAGAUGGCAGAAGAACUUCGUAAACAGAUGGAAGAACUAAAGCUGAGGGAGGAGGAGGCCACUCGUUUGAGGAAAGAGCAAGAGGCUCUGCUAGCCCAGCAGUGGGAGCUGGAGAAGAUAGAAGAUGAAAGGAGAAAGGUGGAAGAAAGGCAACAGAAAUCUGAGAUUAGGCAUUUCUUAGUUCGUCAAUACCGAGCUCAGCUGAAGAGGAGAGCCCAACAGGUGCAGGAGGAGCUGGAGGCUGACCGAAAGAUCCUGGAAGCCCUGUUGGAAGGGGAAGAGGAGGAUAGACUGGUUGAGUCUGCACGAAGAGAAAGGGCUAUUGCUGAUGCUGCAUGGAUGAAACGUGUGAUUGAAGAGCAGCUUCAUUUUGAGAGGGAAAAGGAGGCUGAGAUAGAUUACUUACACAGAGAAGAGGCUCAACAUGUGUGGGAAAAACGAGAAGCACAGUGGGAGAAGGAGAGGAAAGCCAGAGAGCGGCUCAUGCAUGAGGUGCUCACCGGGAGACAGCAGCAGCUGGAGUUGAAGAUGCAGCAGAACCGUGAGGCUCAAGAGGAGUCCCUGAAGAGGCGAGAAGAGCUGAUCCAGGAACUAGAGACGGAGAGGGAGUUUAGACGGCAAGAGAGGGAGCAAGAAGAAGGACGCAAAAAAGCACGGAUGAAAGAGAUUGAUGCUCAGGUGGAGCAAAAGCACCAGGAGCAGUGGGAGGAGCAGUGCAGGAUUGAGCAGGAGGAAGAGGAGGAUAAAGAGAUGUAUCGAAUUGAGGAAGAGGAGCUGAGGCAGGAGAUGGAGAUGAUGGCCAAGAAAGGGUACCAGGAGAGGAGUCACAGCAGACCUCGAUCAGCCUGGACUUGACAAAUUUGAAACACUCAAGUAGCAGCACAGCUCUGAGAUGAAUAUUUUAUAUUUAUUAGAUUUGCCUUUUAAAGUGAGAUGCAUGUAGGUUAUGAGGCCAUUUGCAUUAUGUGCCAUUAUCUGUCAAUUUAAUGCUGGUUCUUUGUAUAUGUAGAAACUAACGUGUUUUUGUACUUUUAUAGUUCUCCAAGGAGGACAUAUUUUGUAUUGCCAAUUUGUACUGUUCAAUAAAUUAAUUCCAAUCAGUU